CUCCCUAAAAGUAGCUCUGGCAAUAGUCAAGCUGUCAUUAGUCUGUCAGUGGAGAAAAAAAAGCUGUCAAGCAGUAAAGAAGCGAAGGUUCUUAAAAACUAUCAAGCCACUCUGUAGUUCGUAUCAAAAUUACAAACUGAGCAAGUUCAAGUAGAUGACAACAUAAGCAGCAAACACAUGGCAGAUCAGUGAACUGCUUUUGAAUACUGAGGACGAGCAUAGAUGAAUGGGCUGUCGUCCCGUUAUAUUGGGAUCCACCCCUUCAAUCCCCCUGAGGCUACUUGGAACCCAGCCCUGGGCCAGACCAGAAACAUGAGCUCCAUAACUGCUAAAUGUGGAAUGAGAGCUCAGCCCCACCACCGCUGACACCAAGCCCGUAGCCCCGCCUGUCCCACACCGCGUUCAACAAUCUGGGGCGACCCUCAACACUUGCCCCCAGGACCUGCCCUUCUACCCCCUCUCUUCCAUUUCUCACCCUACUCCCUAGCACCCAGCGUACCCCACAGUCCGUCUUGGUUCAGCUCAGCCCGGUUUGAGUCUCGGGAGGCACCGUCACCCAUCUCCUAGUGUGUGUGUCCCCCACCCCCAUCGGCGGCCCGCCCCGGGCCGUGUGUUGGUGUGUGAUGGCGCGGCGGUACGCUGAGGGCUGCCGCCGGGGACUGUGAUGUCAGAGCCUGUUAGCCCGGGCGAGAGCCAGCGUGGCGCUCCCAGAUUCUUCGUGGGCUGCGGGGACGAUGAGAGCGAGGGCCCGGAGGACAUGGACGACUGCAGCAUGAGGACGGACAUGGAGCUGUACGAGGACGACGAGGACACCGACUCGCCCCCGGAGCGACAGAUCGUAGUGGGGAUCUGUUCCAUGACUAAGAAGUCCAAGUCUAAGCCCAUGACCCAGAUCCUGGAGCGGCUGUGCAGGUUUGAGUACAUAACCGUGGUCAUCUUCCCCGAAGAUGUCAUUCUCAACGAGCCCGUGGACAAAUGGCCCCUGUGUGACUGCCUCAUCUCCUUCCACUCCAAAGGAUUCCCGCUGGACAAAGCAGUGAGCUACGCCAAACUCCGAAACCCACUCCUCAUCAAUGACCUAAACACACAGUACUACAUACAGGACAGGAGGGAGGUGUAUCGUAUCUUGCAGCAGGAAGGCAUUGAUCUACCACGCUACGCUGUGCUCAACCGUGACCCAGAUAAACCAGAGGAGUGUAACCUGGUGGAGGGGGAAGACCAUGUGGAGGUCAAUGGGGAGGUGUUCCCGAAACCCUUUGUGGAGAAACCCGUCUGUGCUGAAGACCACAAUGUCUACAUAUACUACCCCACCUCUGCGGGAGGGGGAAGCCAGCGACUCUUCAGAAAGAUUGGUAGCCGGAGCAGUGUGUACUCACCAGAGAGCAACGUGAGGAAGACUGGCUCCUACAUCUACGAAGAGUUCAUGCCGACAGAUGGCACGGAUGUUAAGGUGUACACAGUGGGGCCUGACUAUGCCCAUGCUGAGGCCCGUAAGUCCCCGGCGCUGGACGGGAAGGUGGAGAGGGACAGCGAGGGAAAGGAGAUCCGCUACCCGGUCAUGCUUACCGCAAUGGAGAAACUAGUGGCCCGCAAGGUCUGCCUAGCAUUCAAGCAAACCGUGUGUGGAUUUGACCUUCUGCGAGCCAAUGGCCACUCCUAUGUCUGUGAUGUCAAUGGUUUCAGUUUUGUGAAGAACUCCAUGAAGUACUACGAUGACUGUGCCAAGAUCCUGGGUAAUAUAGUAAUGAGGGAGCUUGCACCCCAGUUCCAUAUCCCCUGGUCCAUCCCUACAGAGGCUGAGGAUAUCCCCAUCGUCCCCACCACAUCUGGCACCAUGAUGGAGUUACGCUGUGUCAUCGCAAUAAUCCGCCACGGAGACCGAACUCCUAAGCAAAAGAUGAAGAUGGAAGUGCGGAAUCCCAUGUUUUUUGAUUUGUUCGAGAAAUACGGAGGUUACAAGACAGGGAAGCUGAAACUGAAGAAGCCCAAACAACUGCAGGAGGUACUGGACAUUGCUCGGCAGCUGUUACUGGAACUAGGUGAUGGAAGAGAAGACUGUGAGAUUGAAGAGAAGAAAUCCAAACUGGAGCAGCUGAAGACCGUUCUGGAGAUGUAUGGCCACUUCUCUGGGAUCAACCGAAAAGUUCAGAUCACCUACCUGCCCCAUGGGCAGCCCAAAACAUCCAGCGAGGAGGAAGACACUCGUAAGGAGGGCCCUUCUCUUCUGCUGGUGUUGAAGUGGGGAGGGGAGCUGACCCCGGCAGGCCGGGUACAGGCAGAGGAGCUGGGAAGGGCCUUCCGCUGCAUGUACCCCGGAGGACAAGGCGACUACGCUGGCUUUCCUGGUUGUGGGUUGCUACGGUUACACAGCACAUACCGACAUGAUCUCAAGAUCUAUGCGUCUGACGAGGGCAGGGUGCAGAUGACUGCUGCAGCUUUCGCCAAGGGUCUGCUGGCGCUAGAGGGAGAACUGACACCCAUCCUGGUACAGAUGGUGAAGAGUGCCAAUAUGAAUGGCCUGCUGGACAAUGACAGUGACUCCCUCAGCAGCUGCCAGCAUCGCGUCAAGGCCCGUCUCCAUGAGAUCAUGCAGAAAAAUAUGGAUUUCACUGAGGAGGACUUUGAUAGGCUGGCCCCUACAUGUGCUUCCUCUCUGGUGAAUUCCAUGAAGAUCGUGGAGAACCCUGUGACCACAUGCGACCAGGUCUACACCCUCAUACAGAGCCUCACCUCCCAGAUACGCAAGAGACUGGAGGACCCCAAGUCUGCAGAUCUGCAGCUCUAUCACAGUGAGUCCCUGGAGCUGAUGCUGCAGCGCUGGUCCAAGCUGGAGCGGGACUUCCGGAUGAAGAGCGGCCGCUACGACAUCAGCAAGAUCCCAGACAUCUACGACUGUGUGAAAUACGAUGUUCAGCACAACGCCACGCUGGGGCUGGAGGACACUCUAGAUCUGUUCAGGUUGUCCCGGGCCCUGGCCGACAUCAUCAUUCCACAGGAAUAUGGCAUUAACAAAGUCGAGAAGCUGGACAUAGCCUACGCUUACUGCCUACCCCUGGUCAAGAAGAUCCAACUGGACCUGCAGAGGACCCACGAGGAUGAGUCGGUCAAUAAACUCCACCCCCUGUACUCUCGAGGAGUGAUGUCCCCGGGUCGCCACGUCAGAACGCGUCUGUACUUCACCAGCGAGAGUCACGUCCACUCUCUGCUCAGCAUCUUCCGUUACGGAGGCCUGCUUGACGAGGAGAAGGACCAACAGUGGAAGCGGGCGAUGGACUACCUCAGUGCCGUCUCUGAACUCAACUACAUGACCCAGAUAGUCAUCAUGCUGUAUGAGGACAACAACAAGGACCCGUCAUCAGAGGAGCGUUUCCAUGUGGAGCUUCACUUCAGUCCUGGGGUCAAAGGUUGUGAGGAGGAGGAGAAUGCACCAAUGGGCUUUGGCUUCCGUCCCGCCUCUGCUGAGUCUGUGGGACCCUCUUUCCCGGUUCAGAACGAUCAGAAACAGACCGACCCUGGCAGCUUGGAGGAUCUAUCACGUGAUGAGCUUGACCGGGCUGCACCACUCUCUGAACCAUUGGGCGUCCAUCGGAGAUCCCCACUUAUUCGCAACCGCAAGACUGGGUCUAUGGAGGUCCUUUCAGAGACGUCUUCAUCCAAAACAGGCAGCUACCGUCUCUUCCCCUCCUGCUCUCGUCAGUCCCCUGAGAUGAAACAGAGUGGUCUAGGCUCUCAGUGUGCUGGACUCUUUAGCACCACCGUCUUGGGUGGGUCUUCUAGCGCCCCCAACCUACAGGACUACGCACGCACACACCGCAAAAAAUUCUCCUCUGGCAGCUUGUCCUAUAAAGACGAGUUGUUGUCUAUGCCGGCAGUAAAGCGAUUUUCUGUGUCGUUUGCAAAGCAUCCGACUAAUGAGCCCUUGGAGGAGCACCACGUGGCCCAGCUGUUGAGGCGUUUCUCCACUGACGUCAGCCUGCGCUGCCCCCUCUCACUGGAUGGGGCGCUGGCCCACCACCUCCGCCAGUGCUCCUACCACCUCCGCCUCUUCCGCAACUGGCUCAUCUCCGGCCAGGACCCCCUAGAGUACCUCUACGGGUUUGAAGGCUGUUCCAUGGUGCCCUCCAUCUACCCGUUGGAGACCUUGCACAACUCACUGUCCCUCAAGCAGGUGGACGAGUUCCUCACCUCUGUGUGUGAGACGGGUGGCGACGCCCACUCCAGGACCACCAGAGCUCUGUCGGCCAUGUUUGACACUCAGAACCAGCCAUCAGUGGACUCCUAUAUGCCUCAGAGAGUCCUCUCCGUAUCUUUCCGACAGCGCUCAGACAGACCUCCCUGGUACAGCAGCGGUCCAUCCAGUACAGUGUCCAGCGCUGGCCCCUCGUCCCCAACCACGGCAGACACCUCUCCCCACUUCAGCUUCAGUGACAAGACCCCCCUCACCCCUCAGAGUAGUGAGGAGAUCCACUCCUGCCAGCACGACACAGGUCAGCAGGCCCAGACCCCUACCCCUCGAACUCCCAACCUCUCCGUUCCCAGCAGCCCCACGGAUGACCCACCCACCCCCUGCCAGACACCCCCAGAAGACAUGCGAAUAGCCCCGGCCACAUUCUGCCAUCUGUCCCUGAGCAUGAGCCCUGAACCCAGGCAGGUGGAGCCAGGCGAGUUUCCUGCUUCAGCCGAGGAUAGCAGCAGCGACGCUCCAGACCUCAGCCCUUUCAGUCCACCUUGCAUCCCACUAGCAGAGCUCUCUCUGGGCCGCAUGGAUGGCUACCUCCCUGGGUCUCUACCAGUACUGUUGGAGCUCAGAGAGAGCAGCAGCGAGGCAGGUUCAAGUGCCCAGACACCCCAAUCUGCAGAUGGACCUGAGGAGUUCUUUGACACACAGGAGACCAUAGAGAUGUGGAUGGGCAGUCCAGGGAGCCUCCCCCAUUCCGGGACACCUCUGGAGGUGGGUGCCCCUCACGUGUCAGAGCCCUAGGUGGGUGUUCAAACAACUAGGGAAGGAGCCAAUGUCUUGCAAGAGGCUGGAAGAAGGAAGCUUGGGGGACUUAAAGAAAGGCAGUUAAGAGGCAAAUACAAGGCUUCUUGGAGGCCCUUCAGAAAUCUUUCAAAAACCCUUCAAAAAGUUCACACAGCAAACCCCUUUCAAUGUACAAUCAGGGGCAGCACCCUUGUUACUAGGCUUUUGGUGAGUUGUGGGGCCUACUGAACACACACUGGUCAUGUUCAAUAGGCACCAAACGGAAGAAAGUGGACUGAAACGGAGGCCCUACCUCGACUUGUACAAUAAGAAAAUGUGUCUUGUAAAAAAAAAAAAAGAAAAAAAAAAGACAUACCCCAAAGACACGACUACCGUCUGUCCCACAGCUGUCUAUGAACCAGCCGUUGAAUCCAAAUCCAGUGUGAUCAUAGAACUACCACAAACAACCUUGUCGUGUGUGGACGUGUCUUGUAGAAAACCACUUCAAAUGUUGAUGUUGGUAAUGUUAACAUCUGUCUGUACAUCUGAACAUUGUGCACAAUAGUGGAGAUCUUGCCAAAGAUAACAGAAACAUUUUUGUUUGGGUGGGCUGGCAUAUGUACAUCGUUAUAUCUGUUGUUUACAAUGGUGAAGCCGUAUUCUCACUAAUUAUAGCCGCUAAUUCAUGGACAUUGUAAAACGGGAUUGUUUGAGAGACAUCACGCUGCAAAUGUGGGGGCUAAUACAUUUCAUUUGUUUUUCUUACUGGGAAAUAUACACAAAAUGUGUAGGAAAAUGAAUUAUUUAUGUUGUGUUGCAAAGUAGUUUAAAUACAUUUUCACCAGCUCCUUGCUUUGGCAAAUAUAAAACAAGCCAGUUUGAAAUGCAUUGUCAGUUGGCAAAUUCACUGCAAGUACACAUUUGAAAGGCAACAAGAAGGCAAGACUUAUCAGUGAGAUGUUGGCCUGGGUUUCCCUACGGUUCCUAUUCUAGGCUCUCCUUGUGAUGGUCUGAAUCACCAUCAGUAGAAAAGGUUAUGGUAUAACAUGUAUAAUACAACAGAAAAUCAACACGAACCAAGGGUAAGCACAUCGCUGUGCUUUCAGGUCGGCAGCCAGUGCACAGAGUUCUACUAAAUUGAACUUUGACCUUGUGCACACUGAGUGAACCAAGUGAGUGAACCAACUGAGUUGACCUGUUGUUCCAAACCCCUGACUAGCUGCAGAGAUCACCACAUGUAUGUUGAGAAUAUGGAUGUUUGUACUCUGUUAAUAUUCAGCAAUGCUAAAAAUCCUUACUGGCCCUAUAAUCCAGCAACCAAUGCAGAAAGGGUUUAGCUAAAGCACAAAGGGAGCACUAGACUACUGUCCCUCAACUUAAACAAAGAAAUGAUAAUUUAAGAGAACAUCCACCUCCUAUUCCCCAGGAGUGUAGGAUGAGAGGGUGUAUUAUGGUUGUAGCUUUAUCCCUUUUCAAUCUAGGUGGUGCCAUCGACGCGUCUACGCUGAUCCUGAUCUGUAAAAACACCAAAGGGAAUAGGUUAUUGGAAAGUAAGAUAAUAAGCCUAGAUAACCUCAACUACAUGAAUAUGGAUAAAUAGACACUUGCUUCGUCCUCUGUCUUAGGAGAAACACAGAAUUCCCUCUGACUGCUUUAGCCCAACAAGGUAUUGUCAUUACUGCCUUCACUGACAAACUAGCUAAAAGCAGAACAAGCUGACAUUUUUUGAAGAUUAGGGUACUGAUUUAAAGGAGCUAGUUUGGUCUAAUUUGCAGUUAAAAUAAAAGAGAAUAGCCUUUUUUUUUAUGUAGGUUUUGAGCAGAUGCAAGCAAUUUACUGGACUUUGCUGCACAAGGAAUCUGCUGUGAAGAUACUUAGGCAAAUAAUCUUAGGCCCUUGAAUUUUUAACUAAAACCAUUUAUUUGGGUAACGAGUGUUUUAAUAAUAAAACAAAUUCUAUGUAUAUGAAUAAAUAUAUACUAUUUUCUUUACAAAUAAACACUUACUAUCCAAAUGUCUUUAGUUCGACUUUAGGUGCCUAAGACAUUUACACAGUACUGUAUAUAACAGAUGUUUUAGAUCAUAACAUCCCAGUCUUGCUUUGCUGCCUACACUGCCUGUGAAAUAAUAAUCUUUUGAUUUGUUCACAACAUCUGCAAACCUUAUCUACCACUUUAUAUACGUAAUCAUAUAUAAACCAUAUGAAGAGAGAGAUCUAUAUUUAACUUUGGAUUUAACACUUAAUGUGGUGAUAUUUUUAAUGCGAAGCCAUCACAGAUUUAUUAACAGUUAACUUAUCAUAGCUACUGUAUAUUUUUGUAAAAGAUUGCCUCAAACAUUACUGUAUUAGCAAUCCUUUUAUUCACUAAAUAAGAGCUGGAUAUUUUUGGACAGUUCUUUGUGGUUCCAUUAAGCUAGACACAAUUAGGACUGCAAGUUUUAAAGCAGGGCCAGUUAUGUGUGUUAGACAGAUCGCUAAGAUGAAAUGAGAUCCUGUAUUUGACUAUUUGGAUUGGUGCAGUGUUAUUGCAAUCUACUGUAGAGAUACAUGUUUCUGUUUAAAUUCAGACAUUUACCAAUGCUGCUGUAUAGAUAAAUGUUAUCACUAAUGUAAUUUUUCCUUUAAAAAAAACAAUAACUAGCUACCUGAUUCUGUGUUGUACCUCCAGUUUAGUGGACAGUGCUGGAAUGUGUUUUCAAUAUUUCAUCUUUCAAUUCAAGAUCCUAAACCACACUAAAGAGAGCUGCAUUUGAGUUUUCUCUUGUCUUUUGAAGGUGACUGGACGAGAGUAGAUCAUAUUUAAUAAUGUAAUUAAGAAUAACCCGUUGUGUGCACUUAACUCUUCACGGAGGCUUUAUGAAUGAAAAUGCACUUAAAUGCUUUAGACAUUUCAUAUAAUAUUUAACUCCGAAAAAUUCAGAUGAGUAUACGGCACCCUCUCCGCUUGUGUUUGUGCUACUUGCUAUGUGGGUAGUCUGCUCUAAGGCUCUUGUUUCUUCAAAUGCAGCUUUGUUUCUUGAACCAUAUGAAUAAAAUGUCCUGUAAAAUA